AUGGCGAUCCAGGAUUGUCUCCAAAAGCUUUCCGAUAUGCGGAAGGACUUUGUUUGGCGGACAACUCAGCAUGAGCGCUCCUCGAGCACAGAUGGCUCAACCAAUAUAGAUCCUCUGCUUAAGGAGAUGAACGUUGUAUUCAUCCAGGCAAGAAGUCAGUUAGCUGACUCUAAAGUUUUCCUAGAUACGGAUCUCUACUCUACGAUUCGAGAUGAUCUCCGAAAGCUCUGGAUUAUGCAGAUAGAGUACAAGCAGUCUGCGGCCCUACCUGGCACUAAGGAUUCCAUCGAUGAGGAUCCUUUGCUUUUGGAUCUGCACUUUACUUCUGAGGAGGCAAACAAAGCGUUGGCUGACUUUAAAUCUUUCCUAUUGAGAGUUAGUUGA